UAAAAAAAAAAAAAGCUCCAACACAAAGCUAAAAGUGAAAAAAAAAAAAGAGCAAAGUUAUUGAGUGUCGCGUUUGCGCUCCGAGAGUGUUAAAUUGACAAUAAUGUCAAUACUUUGGGCUUGAUAUUAUUUUUAAUAUACUAUCAAUAAUGAAUUGAGCUAUUAAAAUAUUAAUUUUAUAUAAAAAGUAAAUACAAUUUUUUUUAUCCAAAUAGAACAUUUGAGUAAAUAUAAAAAUAACAAAUAAAAAAAACACAAACACAAAAGUGAUGACAGAAACAACCUUGUAGAAAAAAUAAAAAUAAAUAAAUAAAUUUUAGCAUUAAUUGAUUAAAAUAAAAGAUAAAAAUUCACAUGUUUUAAUUGUAAAUAUAUAAAAAAAGAGGUAUUUAUAAAUUAAUUAAAAAAAAAGUUAAUAAUAUUAUGAAAAAAUUGAAUAGACAUCGUACGGGUGUGGGUAAUAUAUCAUCAAUUUGUCUGUCUGAGGCAAAAACAGAUAGUCCAAUGCCUCAGGACAGUCUUCAAGGUUACUAUGUAAAAGAUCAACAAGACAUACCAGAAUAUCUUGAGGGUUGUGGUUUAUCAAGUUGUUCAGCAGUUAACGAUAUGCCGGAAGUUGUUGUUGAAGUACUUCCAAAAGAACAUCAUCAAAAAGAAAAAAAGCUAUCAACAGCAUCAAUAUCAAGUGGUGAUACUAAAAAAACAGUUACAGUUAAACAUCCUGAAUCAAAUAAACCAAAACCAACAGCUAAAAAAUGUAAACCAAUACAAGCUGAUUUAGAUGUAUCAAAAGAAUUUAUAAGAUGUCGUGAUGAAUGUUUAGCACGUCUUGAUUUAUCAAAAUCAAGUAUUACAAAUUUACCAAAUACAGUACGUGAUUUAAUAAAUUUACAAGAAUUUUAUUUAUAUGGUAAUAAACUUGUAACAUUACCAUCUGAAAUUGGUUGUUUAACAAAUUUAAAAACACUUGCAUUGAGUGAAAAUUCAUUAACAAGUUUACCAGAUAGUCUUGAAAAUUUAAGACAUUUAAAAGUAUUGGAUUUGAGGCAUAAUAAAUUAAAUGAAAUACCAGAUGUUGUUUAUAAGCUAACAUCAUUAACAACAUUAUUUUUACGUUUUAAUCGUGUUAAAUUUGUCAGUGAUAAUAUAAAAUAUUUGACAAAUUUAACAAUGCUUAGUUUACGUGAAAAUAAAAUUAAAUCAUUACCUGGUGGUAUUGGGAAAUUAAUUAAUUUAAUAACAUUUGAUGUAUCACAUAAUCAUCUUGAACAUUUACCAGAAGAAAUUGGUAAUUGUAUACAAUUAUCAACACUAGAUUUACAACAUAAUGAGUUACUAGAUAUACCAGAAACAAUUGGUAAUUUAAUAGCUGUUACAAGACUUGGAUUAAGAUAUAAUCGUUUAUCUUGUAUACCAAAAUCAUUAUCAAAUUGUAAAUUUAUGGAUGAAUUUAGUGUUGAAGGUAAUCAAGUAUCACAAUUACCAGAUGGUUUAUUAACAAGUUUAUCGGAUUUAACAACAAUAACAUUAUCAAGAAAUUGUUUUACAUCAUAUCCAUCUGGUGGUCCAUUACAAUUUACAAAUGUUGAUUCACUUAAUAUGGAACAUAAUCAAAUUGAUAAAAUUCCAUAUGGUAUAUUUUCACGUGCUAAAAAUUUAACAAAAUUAAAUAUGAAAGAAAAUCAACUUAGUGCCUUGCCACUUGAUAUUGGAACUUGGAUAAAUAUGGUUGAAUUAAAUCUUGGAACAAAUCAAUUAUCUAAAAUUCCAGAUGACAUUGAACGCUUAGAAAAUCUUGAAAUUUUAAUAUUAUCAAAUAAUUUAUUACGUAAAAUACCAACAAGUAUUAAAAAUCUUAAAAAAUUACGUAUACUAGAUCUUGAAGAAAAUAAAAUUGAAAUAUUACCAAAUGAAAUUGGUUUUCUUCGUGAUUUACAAAAAUUGAUAUUACAAUCAAAUCAAGUUACAACAUUACCACGUGCUAUUGGACAUUUACAAAAUUUAACAUAUUUAUCAAUUGGUGAAAAUAAUUUAAAUUAUUUACCAGAAGAAAUUGGUACACUUGAAAAUUUAGAUACACUUUAUAUUAAUGAUAAUAUUAAUUUACAUAAUUUACCAUUUGAAUUGGCAUUAUGUACAAAUUUAAGUAUAAUGUCUAUUGAAAAUUGUCCAUUAUCAAAAAUACCUGGUGAAAUUGUAUCAGGUGGUCCAUCAUUUGUCAUACAAUUUUUAAAAAUGCAAGGACCUUACAGAUCCAUGUAAGAAAUUGAUAACUUCGAGGGUAAUAAUUAUUGUUUUUGUCAUUCAUUAAGAAAUUUAUGGUUUAUUAUUAUUAAUAAAAAAAAUAAAAAUAUUAUUCAUUUAUAAAUAUUUAUAAUCCUCGAAGUAAUAGUUUUUUUUUUUUUUUAUUAUUUAAUAUGGUGCCAAGUUUAUUUAUAAAUAUAUAAAAAGAAAAAAAAAACAAAAUCAGCACCGUCCUGCGUUAAACGCAGCAUAAUUAUUGUUAAUAAAAAUUAUUAUUAAAAAUAAUAAUUUAAACAGAAAAAAAAAUAUAUCUAUAGGUAUAUA